CUAAUCCCAACCUCCAAAACUCAUAAAACUACUCUAAACCCUACUCCACUCCCGCUCCGCUGUCACUGACAACCAUGGCCCACCACGUCGCUCCCCUCCUCCUCCUCCUCACGCUCGCCGCCGUCGCCGCCGCCGCGUCGGAGGAGGCGGCGGCGGCGGAUACGGAGGCGGCUGCGGCCGUGGAGGCCGGCCUGCUGGUGCGGCGCGAGGCGCAGCUCGCGCGGCUCGAGGAGCUCACCGAGUCGCUCGCCAAGUCCGUCCAGGCGCUGGAGUCCGCGCUCGCCAGAUCCGUGGAGCCCGAUCCGCCGCCGCCGGCAGCCGCCGCGGCGGCGCCCGGCGACCGGAGGGCGCCGCAGGGGGUGGCCGUGACGAAGCGGAGGCCCUACUGGUCCGAGCGGUUCCACUUCGCCGCGGCCGCGCGGCUCGGGGACGGGGCCUACGCCGCCGCGGCGACCGCGCUGCCCUACGAGGACGCGGAUGGGCUCACCAAGUACUUCGCCGUCGGCGACUCCCGCGGCCGCGUCUUCGUGUUCUCCGCCGCCGGGGACGCGCUGCUCGAGCUGGAGCCCGGGGUGUCCGGCGAGCCGCCGGUCACCGCCCUGCUCGCGUACCUCUCGCCGCGCCGCACCGAUUGCUUCCUCUUCGCCGGCCACGCCGACGGCUCCAUCGCCGCCCACCGCCUCAUCGAGUCGUCCCCGCACGGCGAUGACUGGCUCACCCUCGCCGCCGCGUCGUCCCGCCUCCUCGUCCGCGGCCUCGACGCCGCCCCCGUGCUCCACCUCGAGGCCCACCACGCCGGCCGCGCGCGCUACGUGCUGUCCUGCGACUCCGGCGGCCGCAUCCGCGUCUUCACCGAGAACGGCACGCUCUACGGCACCGCCAUCGCCUCGUCGACGCCUCUCGCCUUUGUGAAGCAGCGACUCCUCUUCCUCACCGAGGCCGGCGCCGCGUCGCUCGACCUCCGAUCAAUGUCUGUCCGCGAGACACCAUGCGAGGGCCUCGCUGAAGCUCUCAAUGGCUCCCUCCCAAAGGCCUACUCCUUCGAUCCUUCCGAGCGCUUCAAGGCCUAUGGUUUCACUGAUGCCGGCGAUCUCGUGCACGUCCUGCUGCUCGGUGACAUUGCCAGCCUGAAAUGCAGGGUCCGGGCAAUCAAGAAGGCUGAGAUCGACAACCCCGUGGCGAUACAGACGAUCAAAGGCUACCUCUUGGUAGCCAGCCAAGAUAAGAUCCUUGUGUACAACACAUCAACUCAGUACUAUGGGAGGGUUGGGGCUCCCCGCCUGCUAUUCGCCACAUCAAUCAAGGAUAUCAAGUCUGUGUUUGCGGGUUCUGGUGGCGUGAUGCCUGCUUCACCAGCUGGGAAGCCGCUUGUUGCCGCGGACAGGGAGAAGCUCGUGAUCUUGGGACUCGGAGAUGGUUACAUUGCUAUAUACAGGUCCAACUUCCCGGUGUACAAACCGGAGAGCAAUGCUGUGGUGUGGAGUGGUCCAGCGCUGCUCUUCCUCCUGUUCUUGAUUGGCAUUUGGCAAGUCUAUGUAAAGAAGAAGGAUUCGUUGGGCUGGACUCCGGAGGAGACAUUUAACACCUCAGUCACAGCUCCUACAGGGAGCAUUUUGAAUCAUUCGACCAGUGACCGUGCCUUCGCUGAUAGCUCAACAAGAACUGGUGAGCGAGGCUAUGUUGAUGGCACAACAAGAGCCAGUGAUAGAAGCUAUGUGGAUGCCACCACAAGAGCGACAGACCGAGCCUAUGCUGAGGCUACCAGGGGUGUGGACCUACGGGGUGGGGCGUUGAGAGGUGCUCCAAGAAGGUAUGUGUCCCCUACUAGAUAUACAGGGGCCGCAGGAAUUCCAUAUCGACCUGUUUCAACAGAGCCUGUGCUUCGAACCACACCGGAGCUGAAGUAUCGAGGCCCAGGUAUGGAGCCCCCUGGUUUUCCCAAGAAAAGAGACACAUUGUUCUCAAGCAACCAGACAGUAGUAGAUGAUCAUGUUGAUUGACUGUUUAAUUAGCGGUGUAGACAACACGCUAAAUUUUGAAGGGGUUUUGAAAAUCCUGCACCAAUGUGGGCAGCGAUCCACAUGUGUGUUGUUGUAAGAUGUAACUCAAAAAUGUUGUAUUUGCAUGAGUACAUUACAGCCAUUGAUAUGAUGCUGCAGAUGGUGAAAUAACUUUGAAAUUUAUGGGUUACAUUAUAGCUAUGAAAGAAGGGAUUGUUGAGCUGUUUUCGUA